AUGGGAUAGUCAACGAGUUCAUGAAGUUUGGGGAGAAGGGGAUGAUCCAACUGAUGGUAUUGCUGUACAAUUGGGUGUGGAAAAGCGAGUAUACGCCAAGUAGAUGGACGGAAGGAGUGGUUGUGAACUUGUUUAAGAAAGGAGACAAGACUGACCCAGGAAACUACAGGGGGAUCACACUGUUGAACACAGUAGGAAAAGUGUUCUGUAAGCUGCUGAACGAUAGGAUAGUGGGAGUAUUGGAGAAGGAACAUAGCAUUAGUGAGGGCCAGGCAGGUUUCCGCAAGAAGAGGGGGUGCGUAGACCACGUGUUCACGGUAGGGAGAAUCAUCCAAGGUAGAAAGAGGGCGGGAAAGCCGACGUACUGCUUCUUCCUGGACGUGAAAAAGGCAUACGACACCGUGUGGAGAAAUGGGUUGUGGAAACAACUGUCCAAAUACGGGAUCAAGGGGAAAAUGUGGAGAGUGCUGAAGAAGAUGACAGAGUGUACGAAAAGCGCGGUCAUGCUAGACGGAGAACUGUCAAAAUUCUUCGACAUUGAGCAGGGGGUCCCACAAGGUUGCACGCUGUCCCCAACAUUGUUCCAGGUGUUCAUCAACGAUCUGUUGGAAGUCGUAGAGGCAGUCCGGAAGGGAGUAAAAGUAGGGGACACGGAAACGUCGGUUUCAGGAAUGCUGUUUGCGGAUGAUUUUGUCGGUAUGUCGGACACCCCUGAGGGACUGCAACUGCAAAUUGACGCGGCGAAGAAGUUUACUGAUAAGUGGAGAUUGUCUGCCAACGUUCAGAAGAGUGCCGUCAUGGUUUGCAACGAGAACAAGGAGGAACCAGUAGAACAUAGAUGGAAGUGGGGGAUCGAGGAGAUUGCAGUAGUGGACCAGUACACAUACCUCGGAGUAGAGAUCGCAAAAGACUGCUCGUGGAAUGCACACAUGUCCAAGGUAGCGGAAAAGGGCAAAGCACGAGCAGGGAAGCUGCACCCAAUACUCGCAAACCGGCACCUCGAUACACGCAUCAAAUUGACGGUUUUGAAGAGCGUAAUCGUACCGCCGCUAGAGUACGCCGGAGAAGUAUGGGAAGGAAAUAAGAAGGUAGUGAAAGAACUCGAGGCGGCGCAGAUGAAAGCAGCGAAAACCAUCCUAGGAUGCUCCAGGCGCACAAGUAAUGCAGCCGUGAGGGCAGAAUUGGGGAUCCAAUCCCUACGGUCGGGAAGAGACGCGAGGAAGCUGACCUGGCAGUAUCGCAUGUGCGGGAUGGGAGAGGAGAGGUUGCCGAGAAUUGUAUGGGAGGCGAAGUGGGCAAACAAAAAGAGGGGUAGACAACCCACGGAAUGGGUCAAGGUUGUAGAGGACGUAUGGAAGGGGCUCGACAUCGGCGAAGAUGAAACGCUGGAAACGGAGGGUCUACAGGGGUUCAAGGAGAAGAUAUCUGUUGCUUGUGCCGAGAGAGAAGAACAGAAUCUGAGGAAAGAAUCCAAGGAUAAGGAGGGUCUAGAAGUGUACGGAAUGUUGAAGGAAGGAAUAGGGUUCAAGGACUACCUACAUGGACCAAUGGAUGCAGGAACAAAGCUUAAGGUCAAAUUCAGGACCGGGGACAUAGGCCUUCGAGAACGUCGACGAAGACAUAGGACGGUAGACGAGGAAGACGACGAGUUCAAAUGUGAUUGCGGCUUCGAAUGCGAAGACCGUGUUCAUGUAGUCGCGGAAUGUCCGUUGUACAAGAAGGAGAGGGAAGUGUACGUGACUGAGCUGGGAAAAAUAGAUGGAACGUACAGGGAGAUGUUUGAGGCAUGGAAUAGAGAGGAAAGGACGGUAGCUGUACUGGGGCAUAGGAGGUGGGUUGAAAAGGCGGGAAGGGAUAUCGUUAGGAUAGACAGACUAGGGAAGACAUUUUUGAGCCACCUUUGGCAAAGUAGAAAGGAACGAUUGGCCAUCGGUGAUCGGUCCUGUGGGAACAAUGCUCCGUCAGGACGCGUGGUCAAUGGCCUAGCCGCUAAGGCAUGCAAAACAUAAGAGUACGCCCCCCCCCCCCCC